UACUGUAUGUUAACCAGGACGCAUUGAUGAUGUGGCGAUGAUAGACUGAUAAUGUAUCAGCAUGUGAUAGAAACGUUUUGUGUACCAUGUUUGCACUUGCAGCAUAAAGAUCAGCAGGCAUUACCAACCGCUAAGGUCUACGUCUGUGUUCUACCCAAGGCUUGGGUAGCUCCAAGAAACGGUCUUGCUAGGGUUUAUAGACAAUCCGUCGCACAAACCUGGUCGGGCUAGGUCGUGGGCUACCUUAUGCUACGGCACAGAUCAUAGUCAUUGAGUCGCGGCCUGUCUAACUAACUAUUACUAUUAGUAUUACAGCAGUAGUAACAUGCACAGAGACAGAGUAAGAGACAGUCAAACGGAUUAGCUACGUAUAGUGUACAGUGUGUACGUAGCAGUGUAGUGUGUCGGUCAGUGAAUCAGCCGACGCUAUGGAUCAAUUUUGGAUAUGUCUCCCAGAACAUGUAGUGUGUUACAUCUUCACAUUCUUGGAUGCAGCAGAAAAGAAAUUGGUUUCACAAGUCUGUAAAGCUUGGUAUAUCGCAUCGCUCCAUCCAAGGCUCCAAGAUGAGAUGGUGUUUAUACUUACAAACAGGACAAGCAGUCAGACAGUGAAGAAUAUUGCAAACAGAUGUCCACCAAACCUUACAUUCCUAGGCUUAGACUCCUCAUGUAAUACGAAACAGCUCUUAUCAGCUGUUACUUAUGAGUGGGGUAAUUCCAUCAGGCAACUUUCAUUCAAAGCUUCAGCUAUAAGUGAAGCUGAUCUUGCCAAAGUAAUUUCACAAUGUAGUAACUUGCAAUGUCUUGACCUCUCGUCUUGUGACAGUCUGUUUUUAACAUCCAACCUGCUUAACAAGCCAGAUGUGCACAACCUUAUUAAAGACAAGCUUUGGAAUGUUGGAGAUGUACGGCUUUGUAACAACAAAUAUCUCUCCAAUGACACGUUUGAUUCGCUGAUGUCACGUGUACCCAAUAUAAGGAGUCUAUCUAUUCGAGGGUGCCACAUCCAAUCUACCACUGCUACGUACUUGACAGGUCAUGCAGCCUCCACUUGCGUGUUGACAUUUCAUCACCUGGCUGAGUUUUUAUCUGAGCAAGUCAUGACAGUAAAAGCAUUGGAUUUCAGUGAAACUGGAAUUGAGGACAAGUCUUUGACAUUAAUUGCAGAGCUCCCCAACCUGCACUUGGAGGAACUACAUCUCGCUUCGUGCAGAGCGAUAACUGAUGCGGGGAUGGACAGGGUUUGUAGGAACCAGACACAGCUUACAUGCCUCAAUCUGAGUGGUUGUGUGAAGAUAAGUGAUCAUAGUUUAAGAAUGAUAGCUGAAAACCUUCAUAAUGUCAAGUGCUUGAAUGUCACCGAGUGUCCCUUGCUAAGCGAUGACUGCAUUUACUGGACGACAGUGAUGAAAAACUUGGAAGAACUCCAGAUGGGCAAUUGUGUUAGGAUAUCUGGUUAUGCUUGGAAAUCAGCACUAGCAAACCAAGCAUUCACCAGCGUGACAGCUCUUCAUCUUGGCUACUGUUUACACAUAAAUGAUGAAGUUGUUCUUGAGAUUGCCAAAUUGUUUCAACUGAAGCAUCUGGACCUCAGCUUCUGUUCUAACAUCACCAAUGUUAGUAUGCAUGCCAUAUCUGCAAAUCUGGUAAAGCUAGAAUCUCUAUUUUUGAGCGGCUGUCUAAACAUAGAGAACUUUGUGUUAAAUACUAGCGAAGGAAUUUCACAACCAGAGUUUGCCUGCAGAAAACAGGUUCAUAGGAAUGACAUGCAGCAGGGCAAAUCAUCUCUGCAUUAUGGAAGCAACAUUCCGCCUGAGCAAAACCAAGUAUGCCGUUUUGAAAGGCAAUAUGUAGAGCCAUUCCAUUAUACCAUCAACAACCUGGGCCGGCUCAGUACUCUAAGUUUAAAUGUUUCUGCCACUUUGUCCGUUGCUAGCCUCGCUGAGGUAAUACUACCUCGGAUUCGCUACCUCGACCUUUCAGAUUCCUUGAACCUCACUGAUGCUAUACUUGUGCAGUUUUCCAACAGCUGCCCACUGCUAGAGGAUCUACGGGUGAGCAGUUGUUGUAAGAUAACAGACGAGGGCGUAUCCUACGUGCUAGCUCAUAGUGCCCUGCUGACCAGGCUAGACGUAUCCAGGUGUGAUGGGCUGACGAGUGCAUGCUUGCAGACAAUUUGUACGUGGAGUCGCUCACUGCGGUACCUCGACGUGUCAGCCUGCCGCCGUCUGCACGUCGAAGAAGUCGAGAGCCUGGUGGUGAAGAUGCCGCACCUCCAGAUACGACAGCAGCUGCUUCGUGAUAAAGGUGGCUCGCAGUUGGGAAUCGUGCCAAUACAGCUAGUAACUGCAAAAAGGAGAUCAAUUUUUGGAUUUAAUUACUAGUCAUUAUAUGUAUGUGUUCAAGUUCGAAACACUUUAACAAAUUUAAUGCAACAGCUUCUUAUAGUGUAACACUGAAUUAAAUUUGUUCAAGCAUUUAAAAAUUAUGUUUACAGGGUGUAGAACAAUUGUGAUAUAAAAACUUUAGAUAUGUGUGCGAA